AUGGAUCUGUGUGUGACCAUCAAAGGGGUCUCCUUCAUGCUGCAAACAGGUAUGGGCAUCUUGGGAAACAUCGUGGUACUUCUGGCGUAUGCCAGCAUCAUGUGCACUGAGCCCAAGCUGCUUCUAGUGGAUAUGAUCCUGUGUCACCUGGCCUUUGCAAACCUAUUGCUGCUGCUGACCCGUGGCAUCCCCCAGAUCAGUAUCAUGACCGUCUUCGGGCUUAGGGACCUUCUGAAUGAUCCCGGCUGUAAAGUGGUCAUGUACGCCUGCAUCGCCCGGGUGUUGUCAGUCUGCAUCACCUGCAUGCAUGCACCGCUGUGGUUCCUCAACAUGGCCAUUUGCAUUGGAGCCCCUUUCUUCUCCAAGGCUCCACGUAAUGGGACGGUCCCUGCAAACACCCUCAACUUUGGCUUUUGUCUCGGAGACUUCAGAGACAAACUAUCCUAUGUUAUUAAUGGAGUGGCUGUGUCUGGAAGGGACUUUGUAUUUGUUGCCCUGAUGGUGGGCUCCAGCUGUUACGUCCUCCUGCUUCUCCACCGCCACAGCCACCAGGUGAAAGCAAUCGGUGGGUCUCACGGCAGCGGAGCAGAGACCAGAGCGGCCAAAACGGUGCUGACCCUGCUUUGGCUGAAUUGACGCCACUGCCUGGUGGUCCUCUACGUGGUCUUCUUCGGCAUCGAUAAUGUGAGCUGGAUCUACAUGUUGACGGUGUCAAAGGUGUCACCGCUGGUGGCUGACAUGAGGGUGUUCUUCUCUUCCUGCUAUGCCUUUCUCAGCCACUUCAUCAUCUCCUCCAACAAGAAGGUCAAGGGGAAAAUUGUGUGUGCAGCUGACCAUGACCAACCAUCAAGGGAUACUCAAGAGUCAACUAAAUGA